AAGAAGUAGUAUUCUAUGGUGUGCAAUUAAUUUUAAUAUAUGUUUAUUUGUUUUUGUUGUAUGUUAAUUUUACAAAAAGAAAUCUUAUUUUGGGUGUAAAGAAGGCGCGGUAAAAAUAGUAACCUCCAGAUGGACGAAUCACGUUUCUGUAGACUAUGUUUAACCACAUCCUCAAUAUUGUAUUCCUUAUUAGAUAAUAAUGGUUCAGAAAUGCUUGAAAAUCUAACAGGAAUUAAAAUCUGUUUAGAUACCUAUUCCACAUAUUCCUGUGUAAAAUGUUGGUUAAAUUUAAGAUUAGCUCAUCACAUUCAACAAAACUUUCUUGAAUCUGAGAAGAAACUUCAUGAAAUGACUCCCGAAAUAAUAUUGGAUAAAGAAAGUGAUGUAGUUCUAAAUGAUGGCAAUGAGACUAAUGAGGCUACUGAAGGAACCCAUGCUCCUAUUAUACAAUCUAUUAAGUCAGAGUUAGAAGAAGAUUCAGCUGAAUUUAUAAUUAUUGAAAGCGAUAAUAGUCAGUUUAAUGCGUUUUGCAAUUGCUUAAUAUGUGGAGUAAGUAUGGAAGAUGACCAUGAGUAUUAUUCCCACAUAAAAGAACACUAUAAUGAAGAACAGACAUGUGAAGAUUGUGGGGCCACUUUGGGUGAUAUAACUUCUUACAGAGACCAUAUCCUCUCAAAACAUACAGUAUUGAGUUCAAAAACAUGGAAAUGUAGCAUAUGCCAGCUUUCCUUCCAAUACAAACCUUUGUAUAAUGUUCACCUAAGGUCUGCUCAUGGUGAACUAUUGAAAACCAAACAAAAUCAGAAAGCAACAGGAGCUGGAAUAAAAGACCAGCUCAAAUGUCUUGAAUGCAAUAAAGUUUUUUUGAAGCGUAGUGCUUACUCUGCUCAUGUUAAGGGUCAUACAAGAGUAAAAUGUCCAAUCUGCAGUGCAGAAAUUACUAGAUAUAACAUUAGUAAACAUGUGAUGUUGCACAAUUCUGGUCCCUCUGUCUGUCACCUUUGUGGUGUAGAAUUAAAAAACAUUGAGAGUCUCAGAGGUCACCUGUAUUAUACACAUUCUAAGAAAAGAUUUUCUUGUGAACAGUGUGGAAGAGUUUUUUCUAAGGCAUACAAUUACAAGAUCCACAUCAAAAAAGAACACACAGGUGAAAAGGGAUUUACUUGUGAUACAUGUGGAAAAGGCUUUUUUACUCAGUACACUUUAAAUAAGCAUGUAAAAAUGACUCAUCUAAAGUUACGCCCGCACAUUUGCAAAUAUUGCAAGAAAGGAUUCUCCAGUCGCUUUGCUCUAAGAACUCAUGAGAGGCAACACACAAACGAAGCUCCAUACAUUUGCGAUGUGUGUGGCGAGGGCUUCCGGCAAAAAGUGUCGAUGAGAGCCCAUAGAAAAUCAAAACACAACAUCAUAGAAUUGAAAAAAGUUAAAUGCCCAACUUGUGCCAAAAUGUUUAUAAAUGAUGUGGCCCUUAGAAGCCAUGUAAUGAAAAGGCAUUGAGUAUAUAUUUAGUUAUCCUUUUGAAAUGUAAUUGGAAGUGUUGUGCUAGAUUGUAAUAAAUUAUUUUAUAUUAUUUUACAAUUUUAACAAUUUAUAUGUUAUUAAAGAGAAAUAUCACCCUUUGAUGGUAAGAAUUUGGUUUAAUGA